AUGGACAGAUCCAUAAGAUUCCUAUCUUUGUUAUUCUUUCUUGUGAUAUCAUUCUUUUGCUUCGCUGGUACAUUGGCAGCUACGGCAAACUACACCCUCCAUAUCAAAGAUAAAGACAUCAAAGAUCUCACAAUUGGGUGUGAAAUUCCAGAUUGGAUUAGUGGGGAUAUUAGGCUUCAACCUGGUAAGGAAACUAAAUUUCAAGUUUAUCUUCUUCAGCAAUACGAUUGCAUAUUCAAGUGGCAAUCAAGGGAAAAACUUGUUACAACUUUUGAUGACGAUACUUCUAUUCACUGUAUCGGAGAGGUUAACAAAGAUUGCUUAUGGGAAGUAAGAGUGGACGGUUUUUGGUUUUAUGAUAAAAACAAUCAUUGGAUUAAACGUGAUAAAUGGUAA